CAAUCAAAUCCGCCCAAUGCAACGGACAAAGUUGAAAGUAUAUCGGUAAAACGACUAUAUAACAAAAAAGCCAGUGUUUUGCGACGGAAAUACAGUGAGAAGAUACAGUAGCGGCUUCAUAUUAUGAGUGUUCGAAGUCUUCUUCCACCCCGCGGAGCUACUGCGAGUGGUUAAAAACAUAAGCAAAUUAGGUUAUGCACGUCCUUCCUGCUUUGUUUUGUUGUGACGCGUAUGCGGUUGCGUGCUCGUUUACUCCCGCGGAUUUUGCUCACGUCAAACUCGCCGCUGUUCAUGUAAAUUAGCGCUUACUCCACGUUGCGAAAAAAAUUUUAAUAUUCACCGCGUUUAACAAUGUCACGCGAUGAUGUCCUCGUUACGAGAGUCACGCGCAGCCAGGAGAAAAAGAAAGACGCAAUCUUAUCCGGCAAGGGCGACACGGAUAAGCCAGAGACUAACCGAGCGCCAAAUAAGUUUUUCAAGAGCAAAACACUGCGCCUUGCGCCUAAAAAGCACGUGAUGCAGAGAACUAUGCCGAAACGGGCAACGAGAUUGAAUAAAAUUAAGAAUAACGAUUCCGGUGAGUUUGUGCCGCCCAUGAAGCAGCCCACACUGUCAGAGUCCUUUGCACGGGCCUCUGUGCGUGGUAGACUCAGACCUCGCAAGGAGGUUAAAAACUAUUGUGACGCUUCUCUUUUGGCGAAAAGCAUCUCGCCAGACAAGAGGAAGAGUAUUGUUUUGCUGGAGAAAAUUGAUUCCAACAAAGGAACCGACAAGGCGCCUGUUUAUAAAUCUGUCAAAACAACGGAUAAAGAUUCCGAGGGUAAGGAGAGCGUCUAUGAAUUUGACUUCGACGCCAAUGAUCCCGAGGAAAGAGUCAAGACUAACGUCAAGGGAAAAAAGAAACGAGCUCCGAGGAAGGCAGCGACUGUUAAGAAGAAAAAAGCUCGCACCAAAAGUGUCGUCGAGAAACCUAAGGAGCCACCUAAAGAGCAGACAAAGGUUUCCGAGCCCUCCGAGUGUCCAAUGCCAGGUAACGAAGGUGCAGCAAAUGUAGUUGAUUUACCAGUUGCUUCAACUGAUGUGGAAACUGAAGAAGAGCGACUGAAAAUAACUUUAGAGACCGAAGAUGGUCCUCGUGAUUUACCGACAAACAAGAAUGUUCCGUCGAAAAGUCCUGAGCCGAGAAUAACAUGUGUGGAAAAACUAACGGGAGACCGAAAAGUCAGCUUCAAGCCAAGUCUGUCGAGAACAGGGCAAAACUCUACGAAGUUCAACCCGUUCAGGUCUACGCUGUCAGUAUUUAGGCCACGACCUACGUUGAAUACUCAAGAAAUGAUGAACCACUCUUUGCUGAAUAAAUCAUUGUCGCCGAUAAAGAAUGAGACGGAGCACUUUGACCCUGCUAGUCCAUGGCGACCACCAACGACAAACGAGUUGUUCAGUGUUAAACGAGUGAUGCAAAGUACGCCCCAGCCUCGACGGAUCACGUCCACGUCUUCGAGUGUAGAUUUCAGGCGGGUUCACAGGAUCUGUGAAAAUGACGAGAACACGGAAAAUGUCGAGCCUACCAGGAGUAGUACCAGUCCUGCGAGUAGGCAGGGUGAAAACAAGACGGUGAAACCCUUGGGGGUCAGAACGUCGAAUGCAGAGAAUAUUCAGGCUGGCCCAAAUAUAUCAGGCGAUGCAUCCAGGCUCGGAGGAACAAGGCUCUUUGCCCAAUCCUUGAAUCAUGCUGAAAGGAAAGUGAAUACAGGUUUUGGGGACAGGCUCUACAAGUCGCCGAUUAAAAAUGAUAAAGCAAUCGGCGGAAAUGGCUUAAGGAGAAAAAAUCAAGAGAUUCUUCGACCCGUCACACACGACGAUGAAAAUUUGCCACCCAGAGAAGAUGUGAAACUCAUGAAGCAGUCGAAGCUAAACUCCUUUCUCAACAUCGACGAGAUGCCUGAAAGCGUGACAAUAAAUACAAGCCAUGGUAUAUUCGGAGAUUCCGUUGCUACGCCAGCAAUCAGUGAACAAACUCUGAAAAUUCCACGACCGGCUGAAAUUGAAAAUUGUUUUGGUUUUGACGACGAUUAUUCCAGCACUCAAGUGACUCCUAGCAAAUUUGACACGAAACAGGACAGAACCCCUGUCAAAAAGCUAUUUGAACGUCUGAAGGGUAGAGUUUUGUCUACGGAAAAGGAUCCGUCUGUAAAAACAGCGAGGAUAUCGCUGGGAGAAAUUAAGAACACCUUGUACCCGAGAAAAGAGACAAAGAUUGAGAAUAUAGAAUCUAGAAAUGACAAGAAAAGGAAAAAGGAAUUGGAGAUAAACGCAAUCAAUGAUCCGAGAAACCAGGUCGCUGACGUGAGGCCAACCGAUGCCUCUAAUGCUGUUAAAUUCACUGACACGUUCGAUGUACUCUCGGAAAGUGCACCAGGACAAGAAACUGACAAGUCGCUGGAUGCUGAAAUUUCGUUGUUUGCAGACAUGGAACCUGUUCAUUUUACAAAGCCUCCCAGAAGAUCCUACGCAAAAAAGAGAGAACGCAUACGUUACUGGUCGUCAGAGGAGGAGGACGACGAGUUGGAGGAUCACGUCGAGAACCCGACGCACAAGAAAAAGAAGCGACAGAAAUUGACGAAAGUUGCACAGAUUGAAAACAAGAAAAUUGAAGAGUGGGUGAAGAGCGUCAACGACACUUUCCGAGAGAUAGAUGAAUUCGACUUGGUAGUCGAGAAAGCACCGUGAAACACCAACGAAACCCUACAAUAAGUAUUUAAGAUUCACAAAUUUUUCUCAUCAUUUUAUAAGCUCAAGUUUUUACUACCACUAUAGCGGAUAAAUUCUGACUUGAUAACAAAGCG